AUGGAGACCAUCUACGACGGAAUUCAGCGCCCGCUCAAGGGUAUCUCGGACGUCUCCAACAGCAUCUACAUUCCCCGUGGUAUCGAUGUGCCCGCUCUGGACCGCCAAAGAAAGUGGGACUUCAAGCCUGCUGGCUACAAGGUUGGCGACCACAUCACCGGUGGUGACGUUUUCGGUUCCGUCUGGGAAAACUCGCUGCUCAGCGACCACAAGAUUCUUCUUCCUCCCAGAGCUCGCGGUACCAUCACCCGUAUCGCCGAGGCUGGAAGCUACACCGUCGACGAGAAGAUCCUCGAGGUCGAGUUUGAGGGCAAGAAGUUCGAGUACAGCAUGAUGCAGGAGUGGCCCGUCCGUGUCCCUCGCCCCGUGAACGACAAGCUCGGUUCCGACUCGCCAUUCAUCGUCGGCCAGCGUGUCCUCGACGCCCUCUUCCCCAGUGUCCAGGGUGGCACUGUCUGUAUUCCUGGUGCUUUCGGUUGCGGCAAGACUGUCAUUUCGCAGUCUGUUUCCAAGUUCUCCAACUCUGACAUUAUCGUCUACGUCGGAUGUGUACGUCCAGCCUUGUACCACCCAAACUCACAGAGCCCAUGCUAA